AUGGUUUUGCACUCGGCACAAAGGGUCAUGAUGCAGACAAAGUUUAUGGGCUUACCAUUUGCAAUGUUGAUAUCGAAGAGAAAGAUUGCCAAAGUUGAACUGCUAAUGCAACAAACGAAAUUCGGUCACUUUGGCCAUAUUGAUCAUGAGACAUGGUUCUUCACAAAGGACCCGCAAAACUUGACUAAUUGCCAAUCGAUUCGCCAAAAGAAAAGUGAGUGGUUGACCCAACUCGCUGGCCAAGCUUCUAUAAACCCACCAAUGGUUUUAUUCGGAGAAUUGGAUAUUGGUGAGAAUAACAAACUCAACGGGUCAGUUCGACGCACUAGAGACUUUUCAAGCUUAGACUGUAUGAAGUGCCUCAGUGAUUCAAUUGGGUUUGUUCCAAAAUGUUGUGACUCGAGUAAAGCAGUGCGGUUGUUUAGUGGGACUUGUGAACUUAGAUUUGAGGCUUACUAUAACAAAGCUUAA